GUCAAAAUAACCCACGAGAAACACCAAAAAUGGCGUUUCAAUGAUAAUAAACCCACCGAGUUGUUCCUCACUGGCUGUCGCAGAGUUCAGUCCCCAUUUUCUCUGUCUUUCCUUUGUUUUUACCACGUUAUCACAACAACUCGAUUCACGGGUGUGCAGAUGGUACGUUCGACAUUACCGUGAGUGUAUCGAUAUUUAUGAACUUCUCUAAUCGAUCAGGAGAAGAAAUUUCAACGAUUUUUCUCGAGCGAAGAGGAACAGGGGAAAAUUAACGCGGGUUAUUCGCUUUUAUUUAUGAUUUCGAGGCCUGUGAACAGCGGAAUUAAGUGUUUGUAUUAGGCUCCUGGGAAACGUUUGAGAGGCAGUUGGGACCAUCGGAUAAGCCAAGAGAAAUCAUUUUCGUAUUUGUGAGGAGGGAAUUUGUCGAGGGGCUGUCAAACCCCUAUCUCUAUGAUUAUCUUCAUGAAUGUUUAUGACUUGAAAAAAAAACAGUGCAGAACCCUGAAAAAUGCAAUCGGUGGAGCAACUCCGACCAGAGGAGCUGGUGGGCCUGGUGGCCCGAUCAGCGGAGGGUACAGCAGCCAAAGGAAUGUCGAUAAAAGGAAAUGAGGAUCUCUGGGUUGAAAUUCAGGCGAACACUUUCAGAAACUGGGUGAAUGAACAUUUGAAGCAUGCGGGUGAUGCUGGCGGUGGUCCGGUGAUUGACCUCGCCGAGGAUUUUCGAGAUGGCACACGACUGUGUGCCCUGGUGGAAGUGCUCACCAAACGGAGACUCCCCAGGUGGAACCCACGACCUGCUAACCAGCAUCAUCACUUGGAGAAUGUCUCCACAGCACUCCAGGCUAUUGAGGCUGAUGGCGUUAAGCUUGUUAACAUCGGUAACGUUGACAUUGUCAAUGGUAACUUGAAGUUAAUUCUUGGUCUCAUAUGGUCCCUCAUUGUCAGAUACCAAAUCGGUAAAUCCAAGUUUCCACCGAGAAAGCUCAUGCUCGCUUGGCUCAAGGCCGUUCUUCCUGAAUGCAGAGUCAAUAAUUUCACGACCGACUGGAAUUCAGGAGUUUACCUCAGCGCAUUAUUGGACUAUUGUAAUCCAGGAUUGUUUCCACACUGGAGACAGUUGGAUCGCACCGACAGUGUUUACAACUGUCGUAAAGCAAUGGAAAUAGCGAAACGUGAGUUUGACAUCCCAGUGGUUCUCGAACCCGAGUACCUGGCAUCGCCGUAUCUGGACGAGCUCUCUGGCAUGACAUACCUCUCCUACUUCAUGAAGGAGAGCUCACCAGGUUUCCAUGCAACUCUCCGAUGGGUCAACUCCCAACUCACUCAUGCGCCAGUACGGAAUUUCACGACUGAUUGGAAUGAUGGCCGAGCACUCUGCAGUAUCGUGAGGAAUCUGGGGGGACCAGCACCGAUGUAUGACAAAAUAAAUCCAGAUCCUGCCAGUUGGGAGUCUAAUAUCCAACAGGGAAUCGAUGGAGCUAAGAAACUCGGUGUUGAGCCUAUUCUGAAGGCUAAAGAUAUGGCUGAUCAGAAUGUUGAACAUCUGGGUGUUAUGGCAUAUGCUGCACAUUUUCAGUGGGUUAAGCCUCGCCCUCAAGCCAGCGAGCAAAUUGCUGUCAACAUUGAAAGCACAUCGGCCAGGGUUCAACAACCGGCAAUUUUUAGAUUGGAAAUGCUCUCCAAAGAAGCGAAUUCCCGCGAGGUCCGUGGGGAGAUAAUAAGUCCCUCUGGAAAAGUGGAGUGUCGUCUCACCUGGAAUGGCAUCCACGGGAAGGGUACUUUCGUCCCAACCGAAGUCGGUAUGCACAAGCUGAUGGUGUACAACGACGGUGAACUCGUCAACGGUUGUCCGUACUACUUCAGAGUGUUACCUCCGUUAACGAAAAUAAAAUCCCCGGGGAUGGACCCAUGCGCUAUUGGUUCUAUCGUCGAGGUUCUAGUCAACAGUUACGGAACUAGUCAUGAUGGCAUUGACGUUACUGCCUGGUCUCCAACAGGUCGCUCUUUACCCUGCCCCGUCAAGGAAAACAGUGGCGUUCACACUGCAACAUUUCAGCCUGACGAAACUGGUGAAUGGAGUAUUGCAAUAACCCACAAGGGUACGCAUAUACAAGGAGGUCCCUUUACCUGUUUUGUCUUUGAUCCAAAUGGAAUUAAACUGUUGGACACCGAGGGAGCAAUGCCGGGUCAAUCCUUCUCGUUCAUCGUCGAUGCGUCGGGCACUGGAGGCCUUGGAGAUGUGAACAUCGAUAUUGUUCAUGAUAAACAAUCUGUUCCAUUCAGGAUGGAUGACAUUGGACAUAUGAGAUACAGAGUUUCUCUGCACCCCCGAGAGGCCGGCAAAUACCGAGUCUACCUCUAUUUCAACGGCUCGGAUGUUCGAGGAUCACCGAUCUCCAUUCGCGUAGGCACACACAGGAGCAGACGAUCCCGAGAAACUUCAAAGCUCGAAACGUCUAAAUCCUCAAUGGAAAAACGUAUGAACGGUCUGAAUGUCACCGACUCUCCAUCCCAAAAGAGCCAAUCCCCAGGAUACAAAAGUGGCUCUCAGUCUCAGCGAACUCCCCAGAGUCCACCCCACAAUUACCGAGACUACUCUCAUCAGCACUCGUACAAAUCCUCCAACACCAACUACUCUGUCGACAACUCAUCGGCGUAUCACGUACCAAUUCCCCUGAACAACUCACGAUCUCCAUUACCCCCAGCCAACACGUUAAGCCCAUCACUGAUCAAAGAAUCUCGAGAGAUCUACUCCACGUCCUUCAAUCGCUCCAGGUCGCCCAACAUUCAGAGUCCAAGUUUGAUAAAAGAAUCCAAAGAUGUUUACGCGUCUAGUGCGUUGAAUAGAUCUCGAUCUCCAAAUGCAGUGGCCAGCAACGCCAGAGAUACCCAAAGCUCGACGAUCAUCAAGGAGUCGAAGGAUAUCUAUCAAUCCUCCUCACUGCAUCGCUCCCGAUCACCUGUCACAACUCCAUUGGGAUUCAGAUCCUCCAAUGGAAACCCUCUUAACACAAGUUUCAGCCCUAGAGCCAACAAUGAGAAGGACUUUCAGAAGAGGAGGGGAUCAGCUGAUAAUGGAGUUAUCGACACCAGCAGCAACGUGAGGGUGUCGUCCAGUGGAGGCCCCCGGAGAGACUCCUGGGACGCCAUUGCCAAGACUCGAGCCAUGCUGAGUUAUGGAAGUCUCGAGUCAUUGGCUAAUCUUGCCAAUUCAUCGUCUGUCGAUAAUGUCACGAAGAUUAACGGUAAUUAUCGGAAUGAAAGGAGUGAGUACAAUAAUUAUACCAACAAUCACGUCAGUCACACCGAAAAUUCUACCAACUACUCCACUCAACGAUUUACCAGCACUGAUUACGGCAGCUCAAUGAAGUUCAAUGACGAUACUCCCAGUAGCCGGGGGUACACUCAUGGAAUUCUGAAGAAUAAGAAUAAUAAUUAUUAUAAGACUACGGAGAAGAGUGCUGAUGAGAUUGAUGAGGUUAAUGAGAGGUUCAGUAAUGGUGCGAGUUUUGUAAUUAAUCAGGAGAGGAGGAAGGAGAGCACUUUGGUUACUGGAGCUGCUUUGGAGGUAUUGCCAGUCCAUAAACCAACGAAUUUCACGGUGGAUCCUAGUGUAGAUGCUGGGAAAACUACUGUGACUAUUACAGGUCCCAAUGGAAAACAAGUUCCAUACCAAAAAUCAACGUUAAGAAGUCACACGUACACAGUAACAGCUGAUGAAGUUGGAGAACAUAUCAUUCAAAUUAUGGUGAAUGGACAGCACAUAAAGGGCUCUCCAUUCAGGUCCCAAGCGUAUGAUGCAAAAGCUAUUCAGGUGGACAAUAUUCCUGAUGGAGUGGUGAACCAACCGGUCGAAUUUGAAAUCGAUGGCUCACGAGCUGGCUCCGGAAACUUAGAAAUACUUGUAAAUGGUGGUCACGUGACGAGUUUUGUACGUGCACUCGGCAGUCAGAGAUUUCUGGCAUCGUUUGUGCCACAUGAGGCUGUAACUCAUCUCGUGGAGAUGACUUUCAAUGGCGAAACUGUCCCCGGCUCACCUUGGCGAGUGGGGAUCAUGCCUAGUCCGAAGAUGUCAGUCCUCGGGGACUCGGUCAGGCUGGUACCCGCUGGCAGUCCCGCGUUGUUCGAACUCUCCGCCCUCGGCUUCACGAGCAAGGAGAUUGACGUGCAGAUAAUAACCCCUUCUAAACGACACAUACCUGCACGUAUUGACGAGGAGCCGGGGCGUCCUGGUGAGUUCCGGGUUGAGUUUACACCGAGUGAAGUUGGUAGUCAUCUCGUCGAGGUGAGGAUCGCGGGACAAAAGCUACCGGCUGGACCACUCAUCGCCAAAGUUUAUAACAGCAGUCUCAUUCAAGUCACUGACGUUCCGAGUGCCGUUGUUGGUCAUGCCUGUCAGUUUAGAGUUGACGCAAGUGCCGCGGGCGAGGGCCAGUUAGAGAUAUCGAUAAAUGAGGGUGAGGUGCCAAAUCACGUGCAGGUCGUUGGUGGAGGCCGUUGCCUGGUUUCAUUCACGCCUGACAUCGCCAAGUCCCACCUGAUUGACAUCAAGUUCAACGGUGAGGCAGUUCCUGGGUGCCCCUUCGUUUGCAAUGUAUCAGACACAAGCAGAGUAAUUCUGAGUUUAAAUCAUUUGGAACUCAUUCCUGUUGAUCAACCCGCUAGUUUUCACAUGGCCGUUGAUGGCAGUGGGAGUGCAGAAUUAGCAGUCUCUGUCAGAGGACCUACGAUAGAAUUACCUGUAAAAGUCACAGGAAAUAUUCACAGUGGAUUUACAGCUGAAUUUACUCCUCGUGACGUUGGAGUACAUUCAGUAAGUGUUGAGUACAAUGGACACCCCGUUAAUGGUACGCCAUUCCUAGCGAAGGCGUUCAAUGCUGAUAAAGUGUUGAUUGGACCAGUUGCAAGGGGUAACGUUGGUCAACCAACUCAUUUCACUGUGGAUGCCAGUCAAGCAGGUGAAGGAAACCUCGAAAUAACGAUAUCAGCCCGUGGUCAAAAUAUUCCCACCCAGGUAACACCCCAGGGUAACGCUCGUUUUUCCGUAAGUUUCGUGCCCUUCGAGGCUUGCGAGCAUGUUAUAAACAUAGCUUUCAAUAAACGAACCGUUCCUGGAUGUCCCAUAAUAACCCGAGUGGGUGGUGACAGUCAUGUAACUGUCAGUGGACAGGCACUGAGCAGUGCAGCACUAGGUCGUCAGAGUCACUUGACCAUCAGUAAUGUUUCCGGUAGCUUGGAAGAUUUAGAGGUUAACGUUGAAGGACCCAAUGGACAGGCUGUACCAGCACAGGUCACUGACAACAAAGACACAACUUGCAGUGUUGCAUUUACACCAAGAGUGGUGGGUGAACACAGAAUAUCAGUGAGCCAUCGUAAUGUACCGGUUGUUGGAAGUCCAUUCAGCUGUAAAGUUUAUGAUGUUACGGCUAUCAAAGUUAAAGAUGCACAGCGGGGUGUUGUUGGAGUACCAGUUACGUUCUUAGUUGAGACGAGUCAGGCAGGACCAGGGAACCUCGAGGUGACUGUCAACGGAGGACGAGUGCCUACAUCAGCCCAGGCACAGGGUCCUCAUACAUACGCCAUCUCUUUCACACCCAGGGAGCCAGUAGUUCACACUGUGGAUCUCAGAUUUAAUGCUGAAGAUGUACCUGGAAGUCCAUUCAGCUGUCAAGUGAGUGACACAGCCAAGUUGUUGAUCACCGAGGGUCUGGAGAAGGUCUCGGUAAAUCGUUUGGCGACGUUCAACAUUGAGGCAGACGCGUCUCUGGGUAGUCCAACAGUGGAGGUACUCUCGCCCACUCGAGAAAGUAUAUCGGUGCAGAUAAAACAGGGCAUUCACGGUUCGUACACAGCAGGAUUUACGCCGAAGGAUGUUGGUGAUCACAGUGUUGAAGUUAAGUUGAAUGGAGCACACAUUGAGGGGAGCCCGUUCCUCGUCAAGGCGUAUAAUGCGGAUAAAGUUAAAGUUACGGAUAUCAAUAGUGGAGUUGUUGGAAAGCCAGUAUUCUUCAGUAUUAACGCCAGUCAAGCGGGAGCAGGAAAUCUCGAGAUAAUCGUUGCCGUAAAUGGCAAAAACGUUCCAAAUUACGUCCAAAGCGAGGGUAAUGCAAAGUUCCGGGUGAACUUCAAGCCCCAGGAGGCAGCUGUCCACAGUUUGAGUGUUCGCUUCAAUGGAGAGCCAGUGCCAGGUUCACCAUUCAAUUGUAAAGUCGUUGGAGCAGGCCAGGCAGUACUGACGGGCAGUAAUCUGAAGAUGGGAGCAGUGAAGCAGCAGAUAUCCUUCACCGUAGAUCCACAAGCUUCAUCCCUCAAUUGCGACGUUAUUGCGACUCCUCCAUCGGGAAUAGCUCUACCGAUUACCAUUGAACCCGUUGAAGGACGGUACAAUAUCAGCUUCACCCCAACAGAAGUCGGUCGACACAAUAUCAGUGUCUUUGUGGAUGGGGAACCCAUUAAAAAUUCUCCCUUCCCCUGCAACAUUUACGAUGUCACGAAUGUUCACGUUUCUGGGUUGACAGAAGCGAGACUGGGACAGGCUACGACAUUCACAGUGGAUGCUGCUGAGGCAGGUGAAGGUACACUCGAGCUCGUCGUCAGCACGAACAACAACACAGUUAAGGCAGAAGUGGUGGCGUGUGCUAGAGGUCUCUACGACGUGACAUUUGUUCCUCAAACGGCAAGUACUCACUACGUCAAUAUCAGCUUCAACGAUGACAAUGUUCCUGGCAGUCCCUUCAAAUGUCCAGUGGUAGGAGGCGGGUUAGACGGACCGUCGGUUAUCAGAGUGGGUAGCACCGCCUACAUGGACCUAGAUAUGCCGAGGCUGGAGGGUCCAGUGUCUGCUGAAGUCACUGGACCCGAUGGCAUCAUCAUUCCCUGUACCUUGACCAAAUUAUCAUCGACUUUGUACAGAGUGGAAGUUAGAACGAGACAAGUCGGGACUUACAACGUUGUCUUCAGUGAUGGACACAAGAUCAUCAACUCCCAGUCCCUCCAAGCAUUCGAUCCAACUAAAGUAACCAUCAAGGAAAUUUCUGAUGCCAUUUGUCAUCGACCUGGAACCAUUGUCGUCAUUGCCUCCAAGGAUGCAGGACCAGGAGUCAUCACAGCUUCUGUUAGGGCUGGGGGAGUUGAUGUGGAUCAUGUUGUGAGGGAGAGUGAGAGUGGAGUCUAUGAGGUGAUCUUUCAUCCAACCAAGGCAGCACCUCACAGAGUUCAUGUCAAGUACAAUGAUGUCCACGUUCAGGGGAGUCCUCUGGAGGUAGCUGUCAGGGGACCAACAGGGGGAAGGGAGGUCACUGCUAUCGGACUUGGAUUGUAUCAGUCUUGUGUUGGGAAAAUUACGUCUUUCACGAUCGAAACGUUGGGGAGACCUGGCAAGGAAUUCGAUGUGGUUAUCAGCGGACCUCAGGGCAAUGCUGUCCCUGUCAGGUGCUAUCAGCAUCGAGAUGGAAAUCUACUGGCCGAGUUCACUACGAAUUCUGUUGGCACCUACAACAUUGAUGUUCUUCAUGGUGCGAAACCAAUCUUGGGUUCUCCAUUCUUCUGUCAAGCAUUCGAUCCAAAUAAGGUGAAAACACAGGAAUUGGGACCCACCACCGUAUCCGUGCACGACCGUAUUGCCUUCAAGUUGAUUAAAAAUGAUGCUGGAGUUGCGGAUUUGGAUGUGACUGCUACUAGCCCUUUGGGACAAGAACUUCCGCUUCAGGUGACUCCAUUGAACGACGGAGCUGAGAUGAUUGAAUUUUCACCGAGUGUUCCGGGAUCCUAUAUGAUUAAUGUAACUUAUGGAGGCACAGCGAUCCCGGGCAGUCCACUGGUGUGUACAGUCGAAUCGGCGGGUCAGGCGCGUGCAAAGGGUGAAGGCUUGUUGAGUGGACACGUGGGCAAACCGGCUCAUUUUGUCGUGACAGGAACUCGAAGUCCACCAGCGGUGCAGGUUGACGGUCCCGACAGUGUAUCAAAGCCAUCAAUUGAGGCCGGUGCUAAUCCAGGGACCUGGAACAUCUCAUACAGCCCAACAGAAGUCGGGGUGUUUGAUGUUCGAGUGGUGUGUGCUGGACAACAGCUGCCAGGUUCCCCCUGGCAUCCGAAGAUCAUCGACACGAGGAAUCUCCGGGUCAUUGGAGGCUGGGCGGCGAUCUGUGAUGACGUUGGUCGUUUGAAAUUGUCAUCAAAUAGCAAGAUAAGCUUCGAUACGGCUGAGGCAGGUCCUGGGGAGCUGACUGGAACCAUAGACGAUCAUCUCAUUACCUUUGAGAUGACCUCUAACAACAGACUGAAGUUAAUUGUUCCUCAGUUGAAUGGUGGGGAGCAUCAUAUGGAGCUUUUAUUCAAUGGAGUUCCAUUUCCAGGUGCCCCUAAAUUAGCAGUAGUCCAGGAGCUUGAGCCCCCCGUGCAGGACACCAGUAGAGUAAUGCUCCGAGGAAGAGGACUAACGUCAGCCAAAGUUGGGGAGGAAGUUAGCUUCACCAUUGACGGCUCCCAAGCAGGAAGUGGAAUACCAAAAGUACAACUUUUCUCACCAACGAAUGAAGUUAAUGUGUUGCUGCAGCAUCUCGGUGACAGUGUUUAUCGUGCCAGUUAUAUUCCACUCACUUCGGAAUCCCUUUUAAUGACUGUCUCGUGGAAUGGAAGACAAUUGAAAGGUUGUCCACUCCAGAUCAACAUCACCAGUGCUGCUGAUGCUUCUAGAGUUAUUUGUUCGGGUGAUGGACUGAAAAAUGGUAUUGUUGGUCAGGAAAUUAGGAGUUUUAUUGACACGAGGAGAGCUGGACCGGGGGAGCUCACUGCUCACUGCGUUGGUCCACACAAAGUUGCUUAUUGUGAGCUUUAUGAUCAUGGUGAUGCGACUUUUACUCUGAAUGUUAAACCCCAGGAGGCGGGCAGACACGCCUUAACGAUCAAGUAUGCUGGCGAGCACGUGCCUGGUUCACCGUUCACUCUUCGGGUUUCAGGAGCUCCAGAUGCAUCUAAAGUGAGGGUUUAUGGACCUGGAAUCGAGCACGGAGUCUUGGCCACAUUUCAAUCGAGAUUUAUUUGCGAUACAAGAGGUGCAGGUGCAGGUCAAUUAACCGUACGAGUGAGGGGACCGAAAGGUGCCUUCCGAGUGGAAAUGCAGAGGGAAACCCAGAAGGACAGAAUAAUUCUCUGUCGUUACGAUCCAACGGAGCCCGGGGACUACAGAGUUGAAGUUCGUUGGGCUGGAAUCCUUGUUCCAGGCUCACCGUUUCCAGUUAGAAUUGUCGAUACGCAGGAUGAACUAUUGAUACUUACUCAGACUGCUGAUACUUAUUCCACGGGCCAUCAUACAUUAACUUCCUGGCGGGGAUCUCAAGCAAUUCUUUAACAUCCCCAUGUUAACCCCUGUUAUCAAUGUUUUUCUUCUCACAAACUAAUGGAAAAUAUUAUAAUAUAUCUCAUUAUAACUCGUAUAUUAUGUUUUCAAUAAAAGUCAAUGAUUAAAAUAA